CGUAACCACAGUAAGUAACGUCAAAAAAUUUUCAACUUUUACAAAUAACAAAUUUUAUCCAUAAAAGGUUCUACCAUUUAUGAACAGAUGCAACUUUGAAACUGUCGAUGGCACAAGGUAACAAUAACCAUGUACCUUUACCGCCUCCAUUACCUCCUGUUACACCUUCAGUAAAUAUCAAUCCCAGCGUUGUUCAACAAUUGCAUCGGGCCUGUAGGACCGGCGAUAGAGAAACACUUCAAAUUUUGGUUCCGAAUGUAAAAGAUGAGAUCAAUUUCACAUGUGACAGAUCAAAAGAAACAAUGCUCCACAUGGUCACGAGGCAUGGAUAUACAGACUGUAUGAAAGUACUUCUUCGUAAUGGUGCAAAUGCAGACUGUAUUGACAGCAAGAGAAAGAAUGCUCUUCACAUAGCAGCCGCUGCAGGUAACCUUGAAGGAUUGAAACUUCUUAUUGAACAUGGAGCGGAACUGAACAAACGUGAUAAAUAUGGAAGAGGGGGGCUGCAUUGGGCCACCAUAUUCAACCAUGUUGAAUGUGUUAAAGAACUUAUUCGAGCAAAUGCGGAGAUCGUUUGUGAGGGCAACUGGCAACCUUUGCAUGAAGCAGCAAAGGCUGGACAUAAUGAAAUAGUUCAGGUUCUUGUUGAUGCUGGCUGUGAUGUAAAGAACCCUUCAAAAUUUCCAGGACCCAGACGGCCGUGGUCCCCCUUGCACGUAGCAUGUCGUCAGGGCAACCUGGAAACGGUGAAAUUAUUGAUAUCACUUGGAGCAAACAUAAAUACGGUCAAUGCCGGAGGACACACGCCAUUACACGAAGCUGCUUAUCGCGGUUUUGAGAAAAUAUUGAUUGAACUUUUGAAGAAUGGUGCCAAAUGUAAUGCAAUAAGUAAUCAGAGAAGGACACCGUUACACGAAGCUUGUAUUCAAGGAAACGUAAAAGUAGCUGCUUUUCUAUUGGAUGCUGGAUCGAAUAUUCACGCUCAAGAUGUCGUAAUGAACACCUCUCUGCAUUACGUUGUUAGUGCCAACUACGGGAAAGAUAUUAAAUUGCAGUUGCUGAAUAUGUUAUUAAGUUACGGUGCAGACUGUUUGAUGCUGGGAAAAGAUGACGACACUGCGAUUGACGCGGCUUAUGCUAAUUUCUUUACAGAGGGCAUCGAAAUUAUGAAGGAAAGCUUAGAAACUCCGCGUUUGUUGGCUUUACAAUGCAAGAUUGUGAUUCGCAAAAGAAUGUUCAAGAGAAUGCAAGACAUUCAUCUUCUCAAUUUACCUUCACCGUUGAUAAAGUAUGUUAUUGAAAUUGAAGGUACUAAUUUAUAGUGCGCGAGGAAUGUUUUGUAUUUCGAGUUUUUAAUUAGAGAAAACAUUUUUAGCUUAUGUAAAUAGAAAAUCGCAUGCUGUUAUGGUAAAUACUUUUAAGAAAGUGUCAAUAGACUUGUGUUUUUUCAUAAUAUUCAGAGAUUUAGAGAUUUUAUGCAAUGAUAUGUGAGUGCCCAAAUUGGUUAAUUACUGUGUUGAAAUCAGCUUGUGUAAACAAUGAAGAAGUUAUUUUCGAAGCAUUUCACGAAGAAUUUAGAAAUAAAUAACGAAAAGAAAA